AUGCUUUCGCCGUUCGCCUCAUUGCAGAGAGAAGUUGCGGCCGCGUUAUCGUCCCAGUGCUAUUUAGAGACAGCCUCAACUUUUAUCAAGUUGUAUCUUUGGCUACUGACCUGAUGAGCAGAUCUAAUCGGCCAAAAGAGAAGUACGGUAAAAGUACUGAGCUUUACCUGGAUAAUUUCAAAGAGGGAACUGCUGCUAGGACAAGACCUUUCAGCUUUGAUGAAAUAAUGCUUAGAAGGAAAAACAAGAAACUGUAUGGAGAUGUUAAAGAUGGAGCUGGAGAAGAAGGGAAUAUAUCAAGGAAAGAUAUUGUGAAGAACGUUUCUGAUUGUUAUGAAUCUGACAAAGGUUAUAAACAUAAUGAGGAUUCCUUCCCUGGUGCCAUAAAUCAUUCUUCAGAGGAUUUUGUGAAGGUAAGUUCCAGAAAGAAGGAUGAGAACACUUCCAUGAAGGAAGGCAAUUUAGGUAACGUAAAAGAUAAGGAAAGUCAUAAUUCAGAAGACAAAUUGAAGGCAAAACCAAACAAAGGCAUGACUGACAAAUCUAAAGAAGGAAAGAUUAACCAAAGGGUUCAUGGAAGGAAAAAAAUUGAUGAGAGAUCAAGGCGAUCAAGUGAUGAUUCUGAAAGUGAACCUGAAAAGAAGUUUUCAAGAGAUUCAGUUGGGAAGGAUAGAUAUGCAGACAGAAGCAGAAAAUCUGAAAAAGAAAGCAAAAGGAAACACCGAACUGGAGAAGAUGAGAAAAAUAGAGAAAGGAAUUCUAUGAAGAAACAUGAUCCUGGAAAACGGCAUGAAUCUGAAUUUCUGGAUAGAAAGGAAAGGAGGGAAUCACCGCCAUCUCGUUAUGAAGAAUCAAGGCCUAAAAGAAGAAGGUCAAGGAGCCGAGAGCGUGAUAAGGAUAGAGAUAAAAGGUCCAGUUCUCUUUCACCAAGGGCACAGAAACGUACAUCUCAUCAUGGGAGGGAGCAUGCAGAGCUUUCAUUGCACUCUCUUAAAGAUAGGUCAGGAAGACAGCAUUCUGAUGCUGACAGGAAUAGAAUAUCAAAUAAUGGUUCAAGCAGCCAUUUCCGACGACAUGGUGGGUCUGCAAGUGGGCUUGGUGGCUAUUCACCAAGGAAGAGAAGAACUGAGGCUGCUAUUAAGACUCCUUCCCCAACUAAUCGCUCGCCAGAGAAGAAAAGUGCUGGUUGGGAUCUCCCACCUUCUAGAACAGAUGGCAUGAAUGCUGGUUCAGUUCUUUCUAGUUUGCAGGUUUUAAAACCAACUGUAUCAUCAAAUGCAGACGAAUUGCCUAGUGCUGUGCCAGUUGCUGUUCCAGUCACUGCAACUACAGCAAAGCCCCCCCUCCCUAGAAUUUAUUCGGAUGCUGUAUCAAAAAACAAGAAUGUCUCCAUUGACUCCAUUCAACUAACACAGGCCACCCGCCCUAUGAGGAGGCUUUAUGUGGAAAAUUUACCAGUUUCAUCCUCUGAGAAAGCUCUAAUGGAAUGCCUUAAUAACUUUUUGCUGUCUUCGGGUAUUAACCAUGUCCAAGGAACCCCGCCAUGUAUCAGCUGCAUUAUUCACAAAGAGAAAGGCCAAGCUCUCGUGGAGUUUCUCACACCUGAGGAUGCUUCAGCAGCUCUUUCUUUUGAUGGCAUAUCCUUCUCUGGGUCCAUUCUCAAGAUUAGACGCCCAAAAGACUUUGUUGACAUGACUGGUGUUCAAGAGAAAUUAGUAGCUGCACCUGAUGCAAUAAGUGAUAUUGUCAAGGAUUCACCUCACAAGAUCUUCAUUGGUGGGAUUUCAAGGGCUCUUUCAUCUGAUAUGCUUAUGGAGAUUGCUGCUGCCUUUGGUCCCUUGAAGGCUUACCGCUUUCAGGUUAAUGAGGAUCUUGGUGAGCCUUGUGCUUUUCUGGAGUAUGUUGACCAGUCAGUUACUCUUAAGGCUUGUGCGGGUCUGAAUGGUAUGAAGUUGGGAGGACAAGUUUUAACAGUAGUUCAAGCUAUUCCAAAUGCAUUGGCUAUGGAAAAUACUGGAAACCUGCCAUUUUAUGGGAUCCCCGAGCAUGCAAAGCCAUUACUUGAGAGGCCCACCCAAGUUCUGAAGCUUAAAAAUGUGGUAAAUCCAGAUGACCUUUCAUCACUUUCUGAAGCAGAAUUGGAAGAAAUAUUGGAAGACAUUCGGUUGGAGUGCACCAGGUUUGGCACUGUUAAAUCUGUUAACAUUGUCAAGUACAACAACAGUCAUGUAAGCACCCUAGAAGUAUAUGAAGCUGCUGACAAUACAGGUUCUAACUUGGGUUGUGAUGGCAAUAGCAUGAAGGCAGAAACCUUAGGAGGAGGUACUGAUAAUGGCUCUAGUGAUAUUAGUGGCAUAAAGCCUCCUACUGAUGUCAAAGACCUUAAAGAAGUUGAUGAAGUUGUGGAACGUAACAGCAUUUCUGAUGAUAAAUCUUUGACUGAUCUUAUAAAGAACGAACUUUGUGAACCAAGUCAUAUUGAUAGUAACACGGCUGUUAAAGAACCAGGCUGCCCGGAUGGGUCUGAUGAUAUUCCUAGAGGACUCCCCGACCAGCUUAACAAUAUGAAACAUGAAGUGGAACUCCGUAAUGACAAGGCUGCUGAUGUUAUUCAAGAGGAUUUUAUCAUCAAAAACAAAUUGAUGACUGUGGAAGAGGAAACCAAUAGGAAGUUGUUGGGAACUUCUGCUGAAUUGGAUAGUUCCCCAGGAAUAAAAUCAGAUUUUACUGGGAAGAACGACAGUGAGAAAGGGUUGUGUGAUCUUGACGACAUGUUUGAGGUAGGCUGUGUUCUGGUGGAGUAUGGAAGAACAGAAGCCUCUUGCAUGGCAGCACAUUGUUUGCAUGGACGAUAUUUUGAUGACCGGGUUGUGGUCGUGGGGUAUGUUGCUCUCGAUCUUUACCGGAUGAAGUUUCCUAGAUGAAUGUGCUUGGAUAACUGCAGCUGGUGAUAUAAUUGGUCAUAAGGUUUGGUCCUUGUAAGUUUUUCGAUGGUGUUGUCCAGCACCAAUCUUAUAAUGACACGAGAGCCUGGUUUAACAUUCUUUACUAUUUUCAAAUUUUGUUGUAUUACAAUUUGUCUAACUUCAGACUGUUCAUAAAAAAAAAUGUUGGAAUAGUAGGGAUGCGGAAGCUGUAGCCAAUUCAAUACCACCCUAAAUUUUGAUUAUGACGUCUCAA